UGCCUUUGUGGCAAGGUCCUCCUGUGUUGAUGGAUUUUACACUCCAGUCCAAUGUGACAGCAAUAACUGACUACUACUAUCCUGACAUCGUCUCAAGCCCCUGCGAUGGGGAACUUAUCCAGAAAGAAAGCAGUUUGCUUCUUCCUGUCUUUUACUGCCUCCUGUUUGUAUGUGGUCUUCUGGGAAACAGCCUGGUCAUCCUGGUCCUUGUCGCCUGCAAGAAGCUGAGGAGCAUCACAGACAUAUACCUCUUGAACCUGGCUCUGUCUGACCUGCUCUUUGUCUUCUCCUUCCCCUUUCAGACCCACUAUCAGCUGGACCAAUGGGUGUUUGGGUCUGUGAUGUGCAAGGUGGUCUCUGGCUUUUACUACAUUGGCUUUUUCAGCAGCAUGUACUUUAUCACCCUCAUGAGUGUGGACAGGUACCUGGCCAUUGUCCAUGCUGUGUAUGCCAUGAAGGUGAGGACCACCAGAAUGGGCACUGUCCUGAGUCUGGCUGUGUGGCUCAUUGCCCUUGUGGCCACCAGCCCGCUGCUUGUGUUUUACCAAGUGGCCUCUGAAGAUGGCGUUCUCCAGUGUUAUUCGUCUUACAAUCAACAGACUCUGAAGUGGAAGAUCUUCAUCCACUUUGAAAUGAAUAUCUUAGGCCUGCUGAUCCCAUUCACCAUCCUUAUGUUCUGCUACGUUAGCAUCCUGCACCAGCUGAAAAGUUGCCAGAACCACAACAAGACCAAGGCCAUCAGGCUUGUGCUCAUCGUGGUGGUGGCCUCUUUACUCUUCUGGGUCCCGUUCAAUGUGGUCCUCUUCCUUAAUUCCCUCCACAGCAUGCACAUCUUGGAUGGAUGUGUCAUGAGCCAGCGGUUGAUCUAUGCUACCCAUGUCACAGAAACCAUUUCCUUCACCCACUGCUGUGUGAACCCUAUAAUCUAUGCCUUCAUGGGCGAGAAGUUCAAGAAACACCUCUCAGAAAUAUUUCAGAAAAGUCGCAGCCACGUCUUCCUCUACUUAGGAAGGAGCAUCUCUAGGGAGGCCUUCGAAAGGUCAUCCUCCUGUCAGCACUCCUCCCGUUCCUCCAGCGUAGACUACAUUUUGUGAGGAGGUUGCCCUCAAGCAGGCCUCUGGCUUCAUCACCUGUGUUCUUGCAGGAGAUAAAAAUGAUUCAUGUUGCAGUCUGAGGCUACACGAAGGGAGACUGUAGGAAACUCGGCUGCAGACACAAGAUUUAUUUCAUGACAUUAAAUGAAUCCCCACUGUUGCAAAUUGACCUUCUCAGCUCUCAAAGGCUUUGUUACUAUUUUGUGAAAAUAGUCUAUGUCUUUAACCCCAAAUUGUAAUGUUAGGUGUAGAGACUUUUUCCCCUUACUUGUUGGAAUGUCUUUAUCAUAUACCAACUUAAAUGUGAUCCAUUACUUUUCCCUUAUCUAUGGAGGUGAUCAUGUAGUAGUUUUCCUCCCUUAUUCUGUUAAGUUUUUGGU